AUGGUAUUAUUUACUGUAAAUGCACGCGGGACAGUCAAAGAUCUGAAACGUGAAAAAUUAAUAACAACAAUUGUGUCGCUUUCCCUUCUUUUGGCAAAAGUGCUGGGAAAGAUAAUAAAUGAUGAAAGUGAUGAAACUGACAAACAUAGCGAAUUAAUCGGGCCAAAGUAUUAUAAUUAUAGUAAGGUGUUUUGGGAUACGCCUGAAUUGUCCGAGUUCAAAAUUAUUCAUAAUGCUGAUGGCUUAAAUUUCAAUGAAGGUCAGCUUAACAGCUUCGAGAGACAUCCGUGCCGAAGGAUUUGCCAAUCGGGUCAAUCAAUGUCUUGUUAUUACCGCUUGAUCGUGCAUAAUUAUCAAAGGCUGGGAGCUGAGUGUCAAAAGUGCUUGAACGAUCCGAAUGCUUGCUUAGCAGAGCAUUGCGUUUUUGGAGAUGGUAUACCGAAUGGCGUGAUGGCUGUUAAUCGUCAGACCCCUGGGCCAGCUAUAGAAGUCUGUGAAGGUGAUUUCAUUACAAUCGAUGUUGUGAACUAUCUAACCGAAGAAUUCGCUAUGCAUUGGCAUGGUUUCCGUAUGUCUCAGACACCAGAAAUGGACGGCGCAUCCUACAUUACCCAAUACCCCAUAGAAGCGGGGGAAGCGUAUCGCUACGCUUUUAUGGCAGACCGUGGUGGCACGUUGCUGUACCAUAGUCAUUCCGGUUGGCAAACGGCCUUAGGUCUCGGCGGCGCUUUCGUUGUACGUCAAACAAAGCAGGCCAAUAAACAGAGCCAUCUCUAUGAUUAUGAUCUUAUUGAACACACUUUGUUCAUUCAAGAAGCGAUAUAUAAUUACGAUUACGACAGACCAAGGAAUAUUCUAAUUAAUGGUAAAGGUCGUAAUCAUGGCAACACUUUACCAGAUAACGACUUAAGUCAUCGUUACGAGCGCUUAAGGAUUUCAUCGGGGAAACGUUAUCGUUUGCGUGUCAUUAGCGGCGGUGUGUUCGAUUGUCCUAUAGAAUUUUCGAUAGAGAAUCAUAAAAUGCUUAUGAUUAGCGCCGAUGGCAAUGACAUUGAACCCGUUUACGCCGAUAAAUUCUUUUUGCUUCCGGGCGAGAGAUUUGAUUUUAUUUUAGAUGCGAAUCAAUAUUCUGGAAAUUAUUGGAUACGUGUACGCGGCUACAAUGAGUGCGAAAGAGAAAAUCUAUAUCAAGGCGCAGUGCUACAUUACCGCGGUUCGAAGAAACAUCAACUUCCUCCACGACAGCUAAUUGAGUCUGAUCCUCUCAGUAAAGAGGAGAGAGGAGUGAAGAGUGCUGUUCAUGUUAACAGGCCGCCGAUAUUGACUUCAUUCGCGAACAAAGAAGAAGAUUUCCAUAUGAAAGUCACGAAUAUUGCUACCCUGGGCUUACGUUCCUUAACGCCUUUAAGCUGGCCACCUUAUACAAAGUUUCUUACAUAUUAUUCCAGUUUCGGCGAGCGCCGGGAAAGCAAUGGUGAGCUCUUUUCCCAACUAGAUGAUAUUACAUUUGAGUGGCCGAGAGUUUCACUUUUGCAAGCCCAUCAAUUGUAUUACGAAGACUCGGUUUAUUGCAAUCGUUCGGCAUUUAUGGCUGCGGGUCACAAUUGUCGAAUCAACAAUUGCGUUUGCACUAACGUUAUACGAGUGCCCGCUUAUAAGCCCAUCGAAUUGGUUAUAGCGAAUUAUCAAAAAAGCACUGAAUCUUUGCAUACUCACGGCGUUAUCUACCGCUUGGUCGGCCAAGAUGUUAUCGGCAAUGUGGGUGAUUUGAGAAGAAUACAAGAUCUAGAUCGGAGCGGACGUUUGCAACGAUUAUCUGAUGAUUAUCCCGCUAUUGAAAAGGAUACAAUACAAGUGCCCGGUCUUGGCUAUAUUAUCGUUCGCUUUAUAAGUGAUGGUCCAGGAUUUUGGUUACAUAGUUCACAAAUCGACCGGCACGUACAGCGAGGCAUGGCAGCCAUAUUAAAAGUGGGCGAAACGUCGCAAAUGAAAAAAUUGCCACCAAAGCUAAAGUGCUGAGAUGGGGCUCGGAAUAGACCUAUUUUCGCCUAUUUUGUUCGCAUAUUUUCGAUUCGGAUCAAUCGGAUCACUA